AUUGCCAGGCUGUCAAGCACACGCGCGCGAUGGCUUAGUUAAAACGCUGGCGUCUUCUUUAUCGUGCAAUAAAACACACUUCGUUGUUGAAAUAUACGUCUUCUUUCGCUAAUUUUUUUACUUUGUAUUUUAUUUUAUUUUUUAGCGAUAACGUCAAUUACACGUCGUCCUCUCUCGGCGACCCGGUAAUGUGGGAUUAAAAUGGUCAUCAUCAAGGUUUACGUCGCCUCGUCAAGUGGGUCUGUGGCGGUGAAAAAGCAGCAGCAGGCGGUAGUGGGCUUCCUGGAGGCCAAUCGAAUCGAGUUCCAGGAAGUGGACAUUGCCAUGCUGGAGGAGCAGAGACUCUGGAUGUACCGGCACAUCCCUCGGGACAAGCGGCCGGAAAAAGGCAACCCGCUGCCUCCGCAAAUCUUCAAUGAUGAUCGCUACUGUGGGGACUAUGAGGACUUCUUCCAGUCGAAAGAGAACAACACUGUGUUUUCCUUCCUGGGCGUCACUUCUCAAGCAUCUGUCAAAGUAAAGGAUUCCACUUACUGGUGUUAUGAACAUUACAGUAGUCCCUUGCCUCAUCACAUUUCACUUAUUGCAGUAUCUCUGAUCGUAAAUUAAAAAUUUUAUAUCGCAGAUUUUUCGCCAUCCUGCGGGAUUUUUGCGAAAAUGUUUUCUUCACACGGACGGUUACUUCAGGCUUGGUGACGUAUAGAAGCAAUUCAAUAACUAUAUGGUCGCUACUUAGCAGGUUUUUAUCUAUCACGCUGGAAUUCUCUGCCGGCUAAUUGAAUAAAUCACUUUGUAGAGAUGUGAUUACAUGACCUUAAUCCCAAAGGAGACCUUUCAAGUUUCAUUUAACUUAAUGUGAUAAGUGACUAUGUGAUUUACUUUCUCGCCUGUCCAAACGAUAAGGAGUAUGUUCUUUAUUUGUUUUUGUACUGCAGGAUUCCGAGUCUUAGAUGACAAUACUCAAAAGAAAUGUGAAACCUCCUCUUGUGUCUUCUUACCGUGGAUGCCAAACAUGGAACUUCCUCCAAAACGUCUUGUACAUGUUGAUAAAAGAGACGUUUCAAAAAAGGGACGAUUGACAAUCAUGUAAUUGUUUGUGACCCUGAGCGCUCACCAGCCACAAUAUUAGCCACACCACUGUUUUUCAAUAUCUUUGAUAACCAGUUUAAAGCCCAUUUACUAGUACGGUCUUUUUCCUCACUAGAAAGAGAACUUUGGCAUUGAGAAACAAGUGGCUCAACUUUGGCGUUUUUCUGUUUAAUGAUGUCAUUACUGUUAUUUUAUUAUAAAGUACAAUGUUAUGGAGUGCUAUUUUUCUUCAUUGAAAUACACAUUACAACAGUGUUUAGGGUGAAAGCUAGAAUGGAUUAAUGGCCAUUUUAAAAUUAAUUUCAAUAGAAAAAUAGGCACCACUCUACUAGUAGGACAAGUACAUGUUACUAGGGAGGCAUAACUGUGCACUAGUUGACAACAGCAUGUUACGAGUACUACUCAUGAGUCAUUAAAUUAUAAAAAUCUGCUAGUUAACAUCUAGUGUGUCAAUAGUAAUACUAGUAGCACGCAGAUGCUUUAGGGAAAGCCAUUCAAGCAUUUAACCAGUUCAGGGUGUACCCCGCCUCCUGCCCGAUGAUAGCUGGGAUAGGCUCCAGCACGCCCGCGACCCUAGUGAGGAGAAGCGGCUCAGAAAAUGGAUGGAUGGCAUUCAAGCAUUUAUUCAAUAUCCGGCUUAAGGGCGAACGACAAGGGCAAAAGCGGCACUAGUAGUGGGGAAAAAAAUAGUAAGAACUGUCUGAACUGUCUUUCUUGUUAGGAAAAAGCGCAUGUUAAAACUUACCUUAAACUGGGUAUCGAAUAAAUGCUCACACGGCUUUCGAUAACAGCAUUUUACUGAGAACUAACGUUCCUACUAUAUUGUUCCUCUCAUGUAGCGCAAUAAGGUAAGAAAAUUCAAUGAUGUCUCCUUUAUUUUUUGUUUUUCUCAAUUUUUCUUUUUUUCUUUUAAUGUCAUAAGGUUGCUGAAACUGCAAUUCAGUAUUCGGCCUGCCGGCCUCUAGGUUGAGCCACUGCACUUCAAUUGUGCUUUCAUCCAAAUGAGAAAAUCCAGAAGAGGAUCCAUUGUUAGUGUAUAAUUGUCUUCGUCAAGGCAGAAUUUUCUUGUUUUGGAUUAGGUUCAGGUGUGCCUAAUGUUGUGGCCACUAAGCAUGUAUAUGAUUUGUCCAUUUCACUGCUGUGUACAAUAUUUUCCGUGUUCUGUGCCAUCAUGUUAAAUAGUACUGUGACUUUUGACAUUUGUGAGAUUUGAUGUCAGUCUGCCACUUUGCAAGGUAAUAAAGUUUAUAACUUUACAACA